AUGCCUUCUGUCACCACUCUCAUUGAUGACAAGGUUCCCCUCAUAAAAUAUGACAAUACGUGGGUAAUGGGCAGUUCUGUGGACCCGCUGGCUGACGAGUAUUAUCUCGGUACAUUCACCAUUAACAAUGUCACCAAUGGCGCUGCAACGUGGUCUUUUAACGGAACUGCAUUCUGGAUAUAUGGUGCCAAACGAAAUAACCAUGGCACCUAUACCGUCACUGUAGAUGGCGCAAGCUAUCCCAACAUUGAUGGAAACUCUACCGUCAAUAUUUUUCAACAAGUACUCUUUAACAAGACUGAACUUACCCAGGGAAUGCACACUAUUGCAUUAACAAACACGGGGACGGGGGGUUUAUACGUAGACAUUGAUUUGAUUGUGUGGCAAUCGGAGGUUGGAGGGGCGAACGAUCAGUUGGUAACUCAAACGGUACAAGAUACAGACCCUAGUUUCCAGUUUCAGGCUCCUGCGUGGAAUACAAAUCCACCUAGCGUCAAUUUUUUCAACAAUGGCACCGGCCACUCCACUAGUACUUAUAAUGCCAGUGUUACCUACACUUUCACCGGUGAUGUGAUAUCUCUAUACGGCACUGUCGGACCGCAAAACGGACCAUAUUCUGUGCAACUGGACGGAGGAGAAGUUGAGACAUUCAACGCCACUGCAUUCAUGUACUAUCCGCAGACCAUGCUAUACCAUGCUGAUAAUCUUGGAUCAGGGAGUCAUCAACUCACAGUUACGAAUCUCCCUGUGCAGAACGGUCAAUAUUUGAAUAUUGACUAUGCUAAGGUCUUGACGUUGUCUAGUAACUUAAACCCUCAGCCAAACCCACAGUCAAGCUCUCAGCCAAGUUCUCAGCCAAGCUCACAGCCAAGCUCACAGCCAAGCUCACAGCCAAACCCCCAGCCAAGCACUAUAGACGCUGCCAGCACCUCAAGUAAAAUUGGUGUUGGACCCAUCGUUGGAAUCGUGAUACCUGCCGUCGUCGCUGUUGCUGCUCUCAUUGCUGCUGUUACGUUCUACCGUCUAUGGAGAGCCGCGCAAAUAUUUAUACAGCAACAUGAUAUUUACAAGGUAGACAGCAGCCUUCAACAUUACGCAGAUCCAGCGUCCAUGGUCUCAGUGCAGCCUACACCUCUUGUCACGAGCGAAACCAGCCUCAUCAGGGCUGAUCCUAUGUCAACCACGGGUUUGAGUACACGCAGGUCCUAUCAACGUGUAGAUCAUGGACAUCAGCUUGCACAGGCUUCUCAGCCACAACGGCCACCACCGCAGGCAACGUCGGCAAUUCAUAAUCGUGCUAUAUCAGAUUCCGAUGUUAUUCAGGAAUCUCGCGUCCCAUUUAGUGACGUCUCGAUUAUCGCCAGUUCGGCUAGUCCCCAACGGUUAUCAUCAAACGGCGCGCUUUUAGAUACUCGUCGUCUCCCAACAGCACCUAUCCCUGGAUCCGAGGACAAGGAUAAUCCAUCUUCAUCAUCAGUAGUUGUUGGACAACUGCCAGUAUCGCAACAUAGCCAGGCCUUGCGGGACGAUAGGACGAAUAAUAGUUUGGUGGAUAGUGAAAUGCCUCCACCGGACUAUCAUGAAGCUACAAGCUGAGGUCAUACUUUCAACUCGAUGGAGCAGACUUGAAAAUUAUUUCCUAGCCUCUAAUUUUUAACUGUAUGGAUCCAUUGAACUCUUUAUGUUAGUAUUGUUAUCCUUGUUGUAUGCAAAACUAGAAUUUGUAUAUUUGACCCAAUGUACU